AUGUCAGGUCAAUAUUCUGGUCUUCAAGCGAGAAUUAAAUUACUUAAUGAACUCGUAGAAUGGAAUCUGUGUUCAGGUCAUUCAUUAAAUUUAGUCGGGGUUCAUGCUGUAGGGAGUUGUUCUGAAGCUUCCAAUUUUUUCGCUAUAGUACAAUCGGUGUACAAUUUUUUCUCGACGUCAAUGCAUCGUUGGGCAAGUAUCAAACGAUGUGCUCAAGAAAAAUCUUUGACUUUGAAAUCUCUUUCGACAACUAGAUGGUCGGCUCGCGCCGAUGUUGACGAAACUCGGGAUCAGUUUGAUUAUUACGAAAAACGAGCAUUAAACAUGUCAGAAAUCAAGGAAUACCGUUCUGAAACAAAGCGUCAAGGAAAGAGAAAACUCAAAGCUGAUGAGACACGAGACGGGGAACUAGAAUUGUCAGCGCGGGAUAAAUUUAGAGUUGAUGCAUUUAACGUUAUUCUAGAUGAUUUGUUGAGCGAGUUGAAUAGUAGAUGUGCAUCAUACACAGAAAUCAACGAAAAAUUUGUAGUAAUAACUAAGUUUCAGAAGUUAAUUCCCUCCGAACUCCGCGAAAAGUCUGAAUCUCUAAGGUUAAUAUACGAUUCCGAUCUAGAAUCUACAUUAGGCGACGAGUUUGUGCAUUUUCAUGCGUAUUGUGUUAUCCAGAGUAUGGAAAAAUCGUCGCCUCUUGAAUUGCUGCAAUUUCUUCGCGAUAAUGAUUUGAACGCUAUUUAUCCCAAUGUUGAAAUAGCAUACAGAAUGUUUAUUUGUAUGACGGUAACGAAUUGUAGCGCAGAAAGGUCAUUUUCAUGUCUCAAAAGAAUCAAAACGUACUUGAGCUCGACAAUGACUGAAAAUCGUUUGAAUAGCCUAGCCCUUUUAUGUAUAGAGUCUGAGAUACUUAGGUCCUUAGAUUUUAAGGAUGUAAUCAAGAAUUUUUCGGAAAUAAGAGCUAGGCGAAAGGGUUUUAGGCAAUAA